AUGGGUUUGGAUAUGGGUUUGGAUAAACAUUCAAAAGUAGAAAACGAACGAUUUAAUUUCUCAACUACAACAUCAGGAUCAGAACAGCCAUCAUCACCAUGGCAAAAUUUCAAAAAUUCAUUCAAACCUGCCCUUGAACCAAAUGAACAUUACCUCACAACAACCACCAAAAAAGAUGAAAGGGAAUUAACCGACAUCGAGAGAAUUAAUAUAAAUGCAGCUAAUACAAAUCUACAACGUAAAUUAAAAAUAAGACAUCUUCAAAUGAUUUCAAUUGGAUCAAGCAUUGGAACUGGUUUAUUUGUAGGUACAGGUCAAGCAUUAGCUAAUGGUGGACCAGCCGGUAUUGUAAUAGCUUGGAUAAUUACCGCGACUGCUGUUUUUGCAACAAUGCAAGGUUUGGGUGAAUUAGCAGUCACAUUCCCAGUAUCUGGUGGAUUCAAUUUAUAUGCUUCUAAAUUUUUAGAACCGGGUAUUGGAUUUGCCGUGGGUUGGAAUUAUUUCUUACAAUUCUUUGUAUUAUUACCAUUGGAAUUAGUUGCCGGGGCAAUAACAGUCAAAUAUUGGAAUAAUUCCAUAAAUUCAGAUGUAUUUGUCAUUAUAUUUUGGAUUGUUAUCGUUAUAUUAACGAAUUUGCCAGUUUCAUGGUAUGGAGAAGCUGAAUUUGUAUUCAGUAUGAUUAAAAUAUUGGCAGUCAUUGGGUUUAUUAUAUUAGGUAUUGUUUUAAUUUGUGGUGGUGGUCCAAAUCAUAAAUUUGUCGGAGGAAAAUAUUGGCAUAAUCCUGGUCCUUUUGCAAAUGGAUUCAAAGGUGUAUUGUCAGUUAUUGUAACUGCUAGUUUUAGUUAUGGAGGUACUGAAAUGAUAGCAUUAACAGCUGCUGAAACGAAUUCACCAAGAAAAUCAUUACCAAAGGCCAUAAAACAAGUGUUUUUUAGAAUUUUAAUAUUCUAUAUUGGUUCAAUUAUUAUGAUUUCUUGUCUUGUUCCAUAUAAUGAUUCAAGAUUAUUUGGAAAAUCAUCAGUUGAUGCAACGGCAAGUGCAUUCACAAUAGCAAUAGUAAAUGGAGGAAUUAAGGGAUUACCAUCAGUUAUAAAUGCAGUUAUAUUGAUUUCAGUUUUAUCUGUUGGUAAUGCAUCAGUAUAUGCAACAAGUAGAUCAUUAAAUUCAUUAGCAGAACAAGGAAUGGCACCAAAAUGGACAGGUUAUAUAGAUAGAGCAGGUCGUCCACUUGCAGCGAUUUGGAUCUCUGAUAUAUUUGGCCUAUUUGCUUUAAUAGCAGCGAAGAACGAUGCUCAAGAAGCUGCAUUCAAUUGGCUUUUAGCUCUUUCUGGUCUUUCUUCUAUUUUUACAUGGAUGAGUAUUAAUAUGUCACAUAUUAGAUUUAGAAGGGCAAUGUCAGUUCAAGGUAGAGAUAUAACUGAAUUACCUUUCCGUUCACAAGUUGGAGUCUGGGGAUCAUGGUAUGGAUUCAUAUUGAAUUUUUUAUUUUUAGUAGCUCAGUUUUAUAUUGCUUUGUUUCCAUUAGGUACGAAACCAAAUGCGUAUGAUUUUUUUUUAGGUUAUUUGGGAUUACCUGUUGUUCUUGUGUCUUGGUUAGGUUAUAAAAUUUGGAAAAAUGAUUGGAGAUUGUUUAUUAGAGCUGGUGAUAUUGAUAUUGAUACUGGUAGAGUUAAUAUUGAUCCUGAUAUAUUACAACAAGAAAUUGCAGAAGAGAAAGCUGCAUUGGCUGAAAAAUCAAUAUUUGUUAGAAUAUAUAACUUUUGGUGUUAA